CUCCUGCACCGUGACUCUCCAGGACCUCACAAACAUGGCAUUCGGACCCAAAGACUUUGUGACCCCUGCUGCAGCCUUCACCAUGGCCGUAACAGUAAUCUUCUAUGUUAGAUAUGCUAUCUCGACUUCACGAUCUGAAGCACACAUUCGUCGCGCAGGUGCUCUGAGACCCGAUCAUCCUCAGGCUCCAGAAAGCUCGAAGCCCGAACGGAAAGGAGAUGCAUGAUGCUAGGGGAACCGCAUGUGGAGUUAUGGGGCUAUGUGCGGAUAUGCCUAUGUCCGUAUGCAAUAAUUAGCUUUCCAGCGGAAGCACAUGGUUGCUGUGGGCAAAGUGACAGGUUUAGGGCUAGAACUUGUAAUUGUACAAUCCCAAAAGCUCUGACGCAUGAGUGAAACAGUGGAUUCAGUUUUCGGAAAUUGAAGGCGUUCCAAACAAUUCUGCACUUGUAGGACCGGCUGAAUGAAGCAAGAGCGGUUGUUACUCUCACGCACAACUCUGGAGAAACUAGCCCCACAAGAGAGCGUUGAUUCGAGUAUGCGAAUUCGUGACUAUUAUACGAUUGCACAGGCCUAAUAAGGGGUAUGAAUCUGCGGGUAUGAUAGUCUACAUGAAAUCCCGAGAUUCUGAACGCAUCACACAAAUAGAAGAUAAUUUACAAAUGUC